AACACGCUCUGGUUUAUUUGAACGAGAACAACGAAACGACGAUCGCGUAUCGAAGGAAAGCGUUCUCUGGCAAUGUUCGGUGUGCUGCGAUAAACGAAUCUUUCAAUCGAAACUGUAACGUUUACCGUAAGCUUGCUUGGCAGUUUUCCCUCCGUCAAGGGAAUGUCUAACGGUCAUUUAGACGAGCUCGAUUACAGUUACUACGACUACGAUCGUUUCGAACAGUUCCGUAACGUUAGCUCGAGUUCCCAUAUUCCAUCGUGGCACAGCCUCGCUCGCAUCGUUCUUGUCAUCUUGUUGCGCGUUGGCUUUGUCCUCGUACACGUUGGUAGCGUGCCAGUGAACGAUGUGAAUUUGAUUCUACUGCAGAAUAUCGUUGACGUUUGUUGGGUAACGAUAACAUUCGUUUUGAUCGGAUUUAUCAUAGCCUACAACGGCGACGUAAACGGACUGACAGGCGAAGGAUAUUGGAUCGGUGAUGCGACCGUCGAUAAGGACGAAGCCAUAAUUGGCUGGUCGGCCGUGGUAAUCGCUGCUGCGAUUUGCACAUCCGGAAUCGUAGGCAGAACACAUAUCGUCGGUUACCUCGCGACGGGAUUUCUCCUGGCCGCUUUCGCGCAACCUUUCUUAAUUCACUGGAUGUGGACGCCCAAAGGAUGGAUGAAAAGGAACUUAUUGAACGGAAGAAACGUUCAAUUUCGCGACUAUGCCGGCUCGGCAGUUGUUCACCUCGUUGGUGGACUGUCGGGAUUCAUAGGUUACACGAUACUUGGACGAAGAAUACUUCAGUUGAGCGCUAUAGAUGACGCUAGUAUCGCUGCUGGUACAUCAGGAACCGUGUUUGCCGGUCAGUUGAUGGUGUUUAUCGGCCUCCAGAGUCUCGGUAUGCCGAUCGAAAGAUUCGUAUCUAGAAGUAAAACUCGGUACAAUAUCUACCUCAACAACUUGUUGGCUGCGUCUUCGUGCGGAUUGCUUGUUGUCACUUUCCAUUUCGUGUUUACCGACGAAGUAUUCAAUCAUUGGACCGUAAUGAGAUGCGUUCAAGCCACGAUAGCUGGACUGGUAAUAGUGUCGGCUGGGACAGACAUUUAUUCGCCUUUGGCUGCGAUUGGUUUAGGAUCGAUUGCAAGUGUGAUUUUUUAUUUAGUUUCGAGGCUACUGUUUCACAGUGCACUCGAGGAUUAUUGCAACAUUGUAGCUAUUCAUCUUGCUUGCGCCCUUUUCGGGAGUAUUUUGGUACCCCUCUUUGAUACCGAUGACAACGCGGACACCGAAUUAAUUUUAUUGAAUUUUUCCUGGCAGUUGAUUUGUAUAAUCACCACUCUUUUCUUUGUCGCGAUUACGAUGUGCGCCGCUUUUCUCGCAUUACAAUCUCUAGGUUUAUUGAGAAACAGAACGGAACAUUUGAAUCAUUUGAGAGCGAGCAUAAUUAUGGAAACAAGUCCUCCGAGGUCGUUUUGGCGAAGGCUCUUUCAUACCGAUGACGAACCAGUUUAUCUUCAACCGGGAUCGACGUCGGAUUCUGGUCAACGGCCAAAAACGAGUUCCCAUGUCAUAAAAUAUCAAAAUGAGGGUGCUGCUGUAGAAAAGGGUCGAGUGAUCGAAACGGAUGCAACAGAGAUCUGAAUAGCAUAGGAAAACAAAAUGAGAUCUCGGAAACGGAAACUUGAUUCGGGUUAAGAUAUAAAGAUAAAUUUAAAAGUCUUCGGUGUAACCAAUGUCCGAAAGUACAACCGACAACAGUCUUAAAACUAAGACUUUAAACAUUUCUUUUAUUAGAACUUACAGACUACCCGUACAAUUAUUACAGUAUUUUACAAUAGAACAAUUUUAAGAUAAAUAAUCGAAAGUUCUAUGAAAGUGUCGUACACAUAUUCUACCCAUGUUUCCGUUUAUUCGUACAAUCUUAGUUUCUUUUUUUCUUUUUGUUCGCAAAACAGUCUGUUAGAGAUUUAUCUACGAAAAGUUUGUUAUUUUUAGUGUGCUUGUCGUUAUAACCGGAAAUGCAAAGAUACGGGCAAAUUACCAAUAAUAAUUUAUCGACGUUUAUCACUUCCAAAUGUGUAACAAAUUUAAAUGGUAGAACCAAGUCGUACAGUCAACCAUAAAGUAGUUGUACGGUCUAAUUGCACAACGCCUAUCGAGUUAUUUCCAUCUGAAAUUUAUCAUUUUAAUGGAUAUCGCUGGAAUGAAAUAAAACGGAUAGUACUUUUCAUAUCGUUUAAAUUUUACUAUAAAUUUAAAUUUGGUUUCUUUCCAAAAAUUUAAAUUUUAAUAAAAGAUGUAGUACUCGUAGGUAAACCAACGAUGAUCUAAUGGCUAACUGCUAGCAAGGAUUUUAAACCUUGUUCUGGUUUGUCAAGUAUUAUUGUCAGCUGGCAGCAAAUCGGACAAAUAUUGCUACCGCCAUACCGAACAAAAUUGAUAGUAUUGACUAUAGAGAUUCCAAGUCGUGAUGGUACAAUAAUACAACUGUAUAUACAACACUGGUAAAAUGGCACGAUUCGACGAAACAUAUCAAUCGCUUAGUGCGAUAAUAUCGUUACCGUUAAUUAUUAUUAUAUUAACAAUGAACUUUGUACAUGAUUUGUUAAACGUCACGUGGCACAGUUUAACGGCAGUAUAAAAAUGAAAAUAAAAUAUAUAAGGGUCAACGAAACGUUGUUAAGAUACUAUUUAAAUGUAAAACGGUUCAUCAUCAAUGAAAUAACGAGCUUUUUAUACGCGUAGGAAAUUACGUCAUAAUUUCUUAAUUGUUAAUUUUUGUCCAGUCUGUGGUUUUCGUAAAAUAUGUUAUUUUUCGAGUCUUUUAUUUUCAAUUGUGUAACUUUCUUACUUAAGUAACGAUAUUCUUAUAACGAGGAAAUGAUAAGUAGAAACAAAUUUUCAAAGCGUGCCAAUCGCGUUCUGUAAAUAAUCAAAAAGAAAAAAAAACAUUAAAAAAUAA